AUGGCCAGGGGUGGGCCCAAUCAUAAGGCCAAGGUUUACACUGACCCUUCCUUGCUUCUGCAGGUCUUGGGUCAGAAACCAGAGCUGGUGGCAGACCUUGGCCAGUAUGAAACAGUCAGCAGGGCAGGGGCAGUAGACCCAGCUGGCUUGGUCAAGGUUGCACCCCUUGUGAAAGGGUUGUUGGCUGUUUGCCCCUCAGCCUCUGUUGCUCCAGGACCUUUGAGGCAGGCUUUGCUGUCCAUGCUUACUUCAAUGCCAGAAGUUAACAAGACCAAGUGGAAUGGCAGUACCUGGAGCAACUUGAAGCAAGAUAGGUUGGCCACAAUCUUCUUCCACAUCAGAAAGCUUGCAAGGGACCAAGACCAAAUGAGGCUGUGUGCCAGCAAGCUGAAUGCAAGUUCCUUUCUGCAGUUGCAGGAGCUGGUAAAGAUGGUCAAGCUGCCUGAAGAAGACCAUCAGCCCUUGAAAAAGGGUGAAGAAACCCCCUUGCAAAAGGGUGAGUCCUUGAAAAAGGAUGAGGAUGCAGUUUCUCUGGACUCAUCAGGCAUUCCAAAGAUGUUUCUGACACCAGAGAAACAAGAAGAGAAGCAUCCAAAAGCCAGCUCUGCUUCCCAUGCCAAAUCAUUUAUGAUGAGAAGGGAAGGAUCCUUGCAAAAGGAAAAAGGAACUCAUGCCUUGCAAAAGGCAUUGGGGUAUGGCAGCAAGCCUUGCAAAAGGCCUGCAUCCCUUGAAACUAAAGUGGAAGGAACCCUUGCAAAAGGGAAAAGCCAACCCCAAGGGGUGACAAAGUCCCUUGGGAAAGGGAAGAAAGCCCUUGAGAAAGGGAAGAAAGCCCUUGAAAAAGGGAAGAAAACCCUUGAGAAAGGGAAGAAAGCCCUUGAGAAAGGGAAGAAAGCCCUUGAGAAAGGGAAGAAAACCCUUGAGGAAGGGCACCAAGGGAUGAAAGAUGGCCCUUGGUAUAAUGUGAGGAAGACAAAUGCAAAAAAAACCCAAAGGACCUACCUCACAGGAUGCUUGCAAGAAGGACAAGGGACAAGAAGGAUUUUGAUUGUAGAAGUCCCAGCUACCUGGAGCUCACAGCAUGAAUAUAUCUGUGAUGAGAUCAUGAAGUCCUUGAAAAAGGACAAGAUUGGCAAAGAGGAAGCCUUGCAAAUGAGACAGGAGGAGGAGGAAGAAGAGGAGGAGUGGGAGGGGGAUGAACCUUGGAGAAAUUCCAAGGGAAGGAAGACUGGUGGGGGCACCACCUCUUGGGCUAGGCAAGCCAGAAGAGCUGCCAAGCAAGCCAAGAGGGUGGUGAUGUCCACUGGCAAGCCCCUUGAAAAAGGGGAGGAAGCCCUUGCAAAAGGGAAACCCCUUGAGAAAGGGAACAAGAACAAAGCCCUUGCAAAAGGGACACCCCUUGAGAAAGGGAAAGCCCUUGCAAAAGGGCAAAAUGAAGCCAGGUUCCAGGAGCUGAAGGACAAGCUGACUAAGAGCCUCAAAAAGGGGAAGCUUGGUCCCAGGCUGGAAACUGGCACACCCCUUGAGAAAGGGACAGGAAAUGUUGCCAAAAAGGUGGCAGUUCUGGAGUCAAAGACUGCCACCAACAAGCAGGCAAAAUCCCUUGCAAAAGGGAAGGAGACUGCAGCCCUUGAAAAGGGGUCAGAAAAGAAGCAGUCUCCUGAAGCCCAAUCAGAACCUUUGGCUGUGUUGGUUGAUUGGCACCAUUGCCUGAAAAAUGGUCCCCAGGACACUGUGCUGGUCCAGGACCUGCAGAAGCUCCUUGACAAAGGAGUGGAGGUGCAUGUGCUCUCCUUCUGUGGGGCCAAGCAGGUUCCCAAAGUUGAAAAGGAAAUCUGGGACAAGCUCCCAGAUCUCAUUGACCAACUUCACUGGUGGGGAACCUGCACCAGUCGCACUGGGGUGGGGGGCAAGGCAGAGUAUGCCACAGAGUGGGGCUGCCAGGUGGCCUUUGAUGAUUCAAAGGACAUCUUGCAAGAGCUGGGCUCAUGGGGUGUCAAAACCUAUGGCAUCCAGACACCCAGAGAGAGCCAUGCAUGGAUGCCAGAAAACUCCAGGUUUGCAUCCUUUGCAGAUGCAGUGAAGCAGUUCAUCAGGGAUUACAAUCUUUGUGACUGGCCCCAAUCCUUGCAAAAGGACAAGCCCUUGCCAAAGGGCAAACCCUUGCCAAAGGGCAAGCCCUUGCCAAAGGGCAAGCCCUUGGGAAAGGGCAAGCCCUUGGGAAAGGGCAAGCCCUUGCCAAAGGGCAAGCCCUUGGGAAAGGGCAAGCAUCUCCCCAGCAGUGGCAGCAAGUCCUUGAAAAAGGACAAGCCCUUGAAAAAGGGCAAGCUGUGUGCUAAGAACCUCAAGAGACUUGGCAACCUUUCUUUGCAAGAGAAGGUUACUGCAGUUUGUGAGGAGCACACUGAUGAAGAAGAUGCUGCCAAGGCCUUGAAAAAGGCCAUGACUCCUGCAGAGAAUGCAAAGGAGGAGGCCAAGGAGCUGAAGCAGCUUGCCAACAAGGCAGCCAGCAAAGCUUCUAGCAUGUGCACUUCCUCAGCCAUGAAAAAUGCAAAGAGGCUGAGAGGGUGGAAGAAGGAUAUGGAUCUGGGUGCAGACACAGAAGGAGAAACCCCAUCCACAAGUUCUGCACCCAGCAACUUGGCUACAAAGCUAUUGUCCCUUUGGGCACAUGGCAAGCUCUCUGCAGUGGAAGUGCAAAAGCUCUCCAACCUGGCCACACUUGAUGGUUGCAGCCAUCCUGAAGUUGCAACUCUUGGAGCAGCUGGGAAUUUUGGAGAGCAGCCAGGAAAUUGCCACAGGGCCUUGGUAAGGUCCUUCUGCAACCAGCUGUCAGUGCCUGUCCCUGGCAACAGUAGCAGGCUUGUGAGAGGAGAUGCCCUGCAUAUCCUGUUCACAAAAGGUUUGUAUGGGAUGCUCCUUAAUGCAAAAGGAAACCCCUUGCAAAAGGGCACUGCCACCUUAGCCCUGGAGCUCUUUGGACAUCCCUUGGGAAAGGGAAAGAUACCAGCACUGAUAAGGGUCCUUGAGAAAGGACAGCAAUCCUUGCAAAAGGAGUCCUUGGAAAAGGAUAGCAAUCCUUGCAAAAGGAUGGCCAGGGGUGGGCCCAAUCAUAAGGCCAAGGUUUACACUGACCCUUCCUUGCUUCUGCAGGUCUUGGGUCAGAAACCAGAGCUGGUGGCAGACCUUGGCCAGUAUGAAACAGUCAGCAGGGCAGGGGCAGUAGACCCAGCUGGCUUGGUCAAGGUUGCACCCCUUGUGAAAGGGUUGUUGGCUGUUUGCCCCUCAGCCUCUGUUGCUCCAGGACCUUUGAGGCAGGCUUUGCUGUCCAUGCUUACUUCAAUGCCAGAAGUUAACAAGACCAAAUGGAAUGGCAGUACCUGGAGCAACUUGAAGCAAGAUAGGUUGGCCACAAUCUUCUUCCACAUCAGAAAGCUUGCAAGGGACCAAGACCAAAUGAGGCUGUGUGCCAGCAAGCUGAAUGCAAGUUCCUUUCUGCAGUUGCAGGAGCUGGUAAAGAUGGUCAAGCUGCCUGAAGAAGACCAUCAGCCCUUGAAAAAGGGUGAAGAAACCCCCUUGCAAAAGGGUGAGUCCUUGAAAAAGGAUGAGGAUGCAGUUUCUCUGGACUCAUCAGGCAUUCCAAAGAUGUUUCUGACACCAGAGAAACAAGAAGAGAAGCAUCCAAAAGCCAGCUCUGCUUCCCAUGCCAAAUCAUUUAUGAUGAGAAGGGAAGGAUCCUUGCAAAAGGAAAAAGGAACUCAUGCCUUGCAAAAGGCAUUGGGGUAUGGCAGCAAGCCUUGCAAAAGGCCUGCAUCCCUUGAAACUAAAGUGGAAGGAACCCUUGCAAAAGGGAAAAGCCAACCCCAAGGGGUGACAAAGUCCCUUGGGAAAGGGAAGAAAGCCCUUGAAAAAGGGAAGAAAGCCCUUGAGAAAGGGAAGAAAGCCCUUGAGAAAGGGAAGAAAGCCCUUGAGAAAGGGAAGAAAGCCCUUGAGAAAGGGAAGAAAACCCUUGAGGAAGGGCACCAAGGGAUGAAAGAUGGCCCUUGGUAUAAUGUGAGGAAGACAAAUGCAAAAAAAAACAAAAGGACCUACCUCACAGGAUGCUUGCAAGAAGGACAAGGGACAAGAAGGAUUUUGAUUGUAGAAGCCCCAGCUACCUGGAGCUCACAGCAUGAAUAUAUCUGUGAUGAGAUCAUGAAGUCCUUGCAAAAGGACAAGAUUGGCAAAGAGGAAGCCUUGCAAAUGAGACAGGAGGAGGAGGAGGAGGAAGAAGAGGAGGAGUGGGAGGAGGAUGAACCUUGGAGAAAUUCCAAGGGAAGGAAGACUGGUGGGGGCACCACCUCUUGGGCUAGGCAAGCCAGAAGAGCUGCCAAGCAAGCCAAGAGGGUGGUGAUGUCCACUGGCAAGCCCCUUGAAAAAGGGGAGGAAGCCCUUGCAAAAGGGAAACCCCUUGAGAAAGGGAACAAGAACAAAGCCCUUGCAAAAGGGACACCCCUUGAGAAAGGGAAAGCCCUUGCAAAAGGGCAAAAUGAAGCCAGGUUCCAGGAGCUGAAGGACAAGCUGACUAAGAGCCUCAAAAAGGGGAAGCUUGGUCCCAGGCUGGAAACUGGCACACCCCUUGAGAAAGGGACAGGUGCAAGCAGCAGCAAUGCUGCACCCCUUGAAAAAGGGGAAAAAAAACCUCUUGAAAAAGAGGAGGCAACAGCCCUUGAAAAAGGGCAAUUCCUUGAAAAAGGAAAUGUUGCCAAAAAGGUGGCAGUUCUGGAGUCAAAGACUGCCACCAACAAGCAGGCAAAAUCCCUUGCAAAAGGGAAGGAGACUGCAGCCCUUGAAAAAGGGUCAGAAAAGAAGCAGUCUCCUGAAGCCCAAUCAGAACCUUUGGCUGUGUUGGUUGAUUGGCACCAUUGCCUGAAAAAUGGUCCCCAGGACACUGUGCUGGUCCAGGACCUCAUGGCCCUGCAGAAGCUCCUUGACAAAGGAGUGGAGGUGCAUGUGCUCUCCUUCUGUGGGGCCAAGCAGGCCCCCAAAGUUGAAAAGGAAAUCUGGGACAAGCUCCCAGAUCUCAUUGACCAACUUCACUGGUGGGGAACCUGCACCAGUCGCACUGGGGUGGGGGGCAAGGCAGAGUAUGCCACAGAGUGGGGCUGCCAGGUGGCCUUUGAUGAUUCAAAGGACAUCUUGCAAGAGCUGGGCUCAUGGGGUGUCAAAACCUAUGGCAUCCAGACACCCAGAGAGAGCCAUGCAUGGAUGCCAGAAAACUCCAGGUUUGCAUCCUUUGCAGAUGCAGUGAAGAAGAAAAUGCCAAUUUCCAAGAUGGCAAAACCCUUGAAAAAGGGAAUUUUGAAAAACACGCCCUUGCAAAAGGACAAGCCCUUGCAAAAGGGCAAGCCCUUGCCAAAGGGCAAGCCCUUGCCAAAGGGCAAGCCCUUGGGAAAGGGCAAGCCCUUGCCAAAGGGCAAGCCCUUGCCAAAGGGCAAGCCCUUGGGAAAGGGCAAGCAUCUCCCCAGCAGUGGCAGCAAGUCCUUGAAAAAGGGCAAGCCCUUGAAAAAGGGCAAGCUGUGUGCUAAGAACCUCAACAGACGUGGCAACCUUUCUUUGCAAGAGAAGGUUGCUGCAGUUUGUGAGGGGCACACUGAUGAAGAAGAUGCUGCCAAGGCCUUGAAAAAGGCCAUGACUCCUGCAGAGAAUGCAAAGGACAAGGAGGUGGAGGAUGAGGAGCAGGAUGAGGAGAAGGAUGAUGAAGAUCCUGCGCUGAGAGGGUGGAAGAAGGAUAUGGAUCUGGGUGCAGACACAGAAGGAGACACCCCAUCCACAAGUUCUGCACCCAGCAACUUGGCUACAAAGCUAUUGUCCCUUUGGGCACAUGGCAAGCUCUCUGCAGUGGAGUGCAAAAGCUCUCCAACCUGGCCACACUUGAUGGUUGCAGCCAUCCUGAAGUUGCAACUCUUGGAGCAGCUGGGAAUUUUGAAGAGCAGCCACGAAAUUGCCACAGGGCCUUUGGUAAGGCCCUUCUGCAACCAGCUGUCAGUGCCUGACAAGCCCUUGCCAAAGGGCAAACCCUUGCCAAAGGGCAAGCCCUUGCCAAAGGGCAAGCCCUUGGGAAAGGGCAAGCCCUUGGGAAAGGGCAAGCCCUUGCCAAAGGGCAAGCCCUUGGGAAAGGGCAAGCAUCUCCCCAGCAGUGGCAGCAAGUCCUUGAAAAAGGACAAGCCCUUGAAAAAGGGCAAGCUGUGUGCUAAGAACCUCAAGAGACUUGGCAACCUUUCUUUGCAAGAGAAGGUUACUGCAGUUUGUGAGGAGCACACUGAUGAAGAAGAUGCUGCCAAGGCCUUGAAAAAGGCCAUGACUCCUGCAGAGAAUGCAAAGUGGAAGUGCAAAAGCUCUCCAACCUGGCCACACUUGAUGGUUGCAGCCAUCCUGAAGUUGCAACUCUUGGAGCAGCUGGGAAUUUUGGAGAGCAGCCAGGAAAUUGCCACAGGGCCUUGGUAA